AGAGGGCGGGGGCCAGUAGCCGCCCCGCCCCACGGGGCGCCGCGGGCGGGUCUCAGCAGCGCCCACUGCGCCAGCCGGGCCGCAGGUGCCGCCCCGACACAAGGUGUCCCGCCCAAGCUGAUUCGUGUCUGCCGUCGGCCGGUGCGUGCGGGCGCCUCGUCGGUCCGCGUGUGUCUGGCCGAGCGCCCCCUUCCUCUGCGGCCAUGACUCCCCCGCCUCCCCAGCCACCGCCCCCGGGCCCGAACCCCACCUCAGACUCUGCCGCCGACCCCUGCCCCGGGCCCGGACCCCUGGUCGUACUGUUCGGAGCCACGGCCGGUGCGCUGGGGCCGGACCUGGGUUCCGAUGAGACCGACUUGAUCCUCUUAGUCUGGCAAGUGGUGGAGCCGCGGAGCCGUCAGGUGGGGACGUUGCACAAGUCAUUGGUUCGCGCCGAGGCGGCCGCACUGAGCCCGCAGUGCCGCGAGGCGAGCGGCCUGAGCGCCGACAGCUUGGCGCGGGCCGAGCCGCUGGACAAGGUGCUGCAGCAGUUCUCACAGCUGGUGAGCGGGGAUGUGGCUCUGCUAGGUGGGGGCCCCUACAUGCUAUGCACUGAUGGGCAGCAGUUGCUGAGACAGGUCCUGCACCCCGAGGCCUCCAGGAAGAACCUGGUGCUCCCCGACACCUUCUUCUCCUUCUACGACCUCCGCAGAGAGUUCCAUGUGCAGCACCCAAGCGCCUGUCCUGCCAGGGAGCUCACCGUGGCCACCAUGGCACAGGACUUGGGGCUGGAGACUGAUGCCACAGAGGAUGACUUUGGGGUCUGGGAAGUGAAGACAAUGGUAGCUGUCAUCCUCCACCUGCUCGAAGAGCCCAGUGGUCAAUUGUUUUCGAAGGCAGAGGUGGUAAAGCAGAAAUAUGAGACAGGCCCUUGCAGCAAGGCCGAUGUGGUGGACAGUGAGACCGUGGUUCGGGCCCGUGGGUUGCCCUGGCAGUCGUCAGACCAGGAUGUGGCUCGGUUCUUCAAAGGACUCAACAUUGCCAGGGGUGGUGUCGCACUCUGCCUCAACGCCCAGGGCCGCAGAAAUGGCGAGGCCCUCAUCCGCUUUGUGGACAGCGAGCAGCGGGACCUGGCGCUGCAGAGACACAAGCACCACAUGGGCGUCCGCUAUAUCGAGGUAUACAAAGCAACAGGAGAGGAGUUCAUGAAGAUUGCGGGGGGCACAUCACUAGAGGUGGCUCGUUUCCUGUCACGGGAAGACCAGGUGAUACUGCGGCUGCGGGGACUGCCCUUCUCGGCUGGGCCGGAGGACGUGCUGGGCUUUCUGGGGCCCGAGUGCCCGGUGACUGGGGGUGCUGACGGGCUGCUGUUUGUGCGCCACCCUGACGGCCGGCCCACCGGUGAUGCCUUUGCCCUCUUCGCCUGUGAGGAGCUGGCGCAGGCUGCACUGCGCAGGCACAAGGGCAUACUGGGUAAGCGAUACAUCGAACUCUUCCGGAGCACGGCGGCUGAGGUGCAGCAGGUCCUGAACCGCUAUGCAUCCAGCCCACUCCUUCCCACACUCACCGCUCCCCUGCUCCCCAUCCCCUUCCCACUGGCAGCGGGGACUGGGAGAGAUUGUGUACGCCUUCGAGGCCUGCCCUAUACAGCUACCAUCGAAGACAUCCUGAGCUUUCUGGGGGAGGCAGCUGCUGACAUCCGGCCCCACGGGGUGCACAUGGUGCUCAACCAGCAGGGUCGGCCCUCAGGCGACGCUUUCAUCCAGAUGACAUCAGCAGAGCGGGCCCUGGCUGCUGCCCAGCGUUGCCAUAAGAAAGUGAUGAAGGAACGCUAUGUGGAAGUGGUCCCCUGCUCCACGGAGGAGAUGAGCCGUGUGUUAAUGGGGGGCACCUUGAGCCGCAGUGGCAUGUCCCCUCCACCCUGCAAGCUGCCCUGCCUCUCACCACCUACCUACGCCACCUUCCAGGCCACCCCAACACUCAUCCCUGCUGAGACGGCAGCCUUGUACCCCUCUUCAGCACUGCUCCCGGCUGCCAGGGUGCCUGCUGCCCCUACCCCUGUUGCCUACUACCCAGGGCCAGCCACUCAACUCUACAUGAACUACACAGCUUACUACCCCAGCCCCCCAGUGUCCCCUACCACUGUGGGCUACCUCGCCACACCCUCUGCUGCCCUGGCCUCUGCUUCCACCUCAGUGUUGUCCCAGCCAGGAGCCCUGAUCCGUAUGCAGGGUGUCCCGUAUACGGCUGGUAUGAAGGAUCUACUCAGCGUCUUCCAGGCCUAUCAGUUAGCCCCUGAUGACACCAGUGUGCUGCCUGUUGGUGACCCACCCCGAACUGUGCUACAGGCCCCCAAAGAGUGGGUGUGUUUGUAGGUGAGGGAGCCAGGAGGUAAGAGCUGGGUAACGUCUCUCAUGUCUCUCUUGGCAUCCAGAGAACCAGUACCCUCGACCAGGUGGCUUCUUCCUGGGCUUGUCAAAGCUCUCAGCACCCAGAAUG